UUUGUGUCACAUGAUCCCCUGGCAGACUGUAGUGAGCUCCAGGUGGUAGAGAGACCACAGAUACAGUAGAUACAGGGAGAAAGAGGGAGCGGGUCACGCGAGAAUUCUUCCCGGUCCCGCUUGCCCCCUCUCCUCUCCUGGCCCCAGCAGGCCAGGGAAUGUCCCGGCGACGAGAUGCCUUACGUGGACCGACAGAACCGCAUCUGUGGCUUCUUGGACAUAGAGGAGAACGAGAGCAGUGGCAAGUUCCUGCGUCGUUACUUCAUUCUGGACACGCAGCAGGGAAGCUUGGUGUGGUUCAUGGACAACCCACAGAACCUGCCGGUUGGUACAGACUGUGUCGGCUCCCUCAAGCUCACCUACAUCUCUAAGGUCAGCGAUGCUACCAAGCUGAGACCUAAGGCAGAAUUCUGCUUCGUCAUCAAUGCUGGGAUGAGGAAGUUCUUCCUGCAGGCCAACGAUCAGCAGGAUCUAGUGGACUGGGUCAACGCGCUCAAUAAAGCCACCAAGAUCACUGUGCCAAAGUUGCCUGAUGGGCAGCAGAAUGCAGAGAACCAAAAGGCUUUGCCAGAUGUCGUAGGGCCCAAAAAACAAGUCUCCUAUAAGACAGAAAUCAUAGGAGGAGUUCCCAUUGUCACUCAGACACAGCAUGACGGCGGUGAUGGUGCAGACAGAGCGGAGCGUGAGGCAAUGCACCGGUCCCACAGCCAGCUGCCGUACUUCCUGGGCAGGCCGACUCAGGAGCACACCGUCAUCAAGUCAGGCUACUGCGUGAAGCAGGGAGCUGUGAUGAGGAACUGGAAACGGCGCUAUUUCCUACUGGAGGAAAACUCAAUGAGUUACUUCAAGUCAGAUUUGGAGAAAGAGCCUCUGAGAAUGAUCCCACUGAAGGAAGUUCACAAAGUCCAGGAGUGCAAACAGAGUGACAUUAUGAUGAGAGAUAAUCUGUUUGAAGUUGUCACCACAUCAAGGACGUUUUACAUACAGGCGGACAGCCCAGAGGAGAUGCACAGCUGGAUCAAGGCUGUCUCAGGGGCCAUUGUGGCCCAGCGGGGGCCUGGAAGGUCUGCUGCUACAGAACACGGCGGCCGCUCCACUUUCUACCGCAGCCACUCGGGUCCCCCCGUCCCUCGCUCGCCCAUAUCUGCCAUGCCACCAUGCUACCCAGAGUGGGGGGCUGCUGUCACGUGCGGCACACGCUCGCAGCCUGGCGUGGGACAGCGAGCACUUCAUGAGCCUGCUGCCCCGGCCCAGCCACAACCACACGCCAGCACGCCUGUCCCUGCAGGAGACGCGUCUGGCAAAGUGAGCUGUGAACCACCUGUGACCACCAUCAGUAAGUCUGAGGAGUCACCGUGGCGACGGCGGAGCAGCUUUGAGCCCCACAUGCCUGAACCACCCCUGGACCUGGAUGACGCUGACCUGCCAGUGAGCGAGGUCUGAGCUGGAUAUUAACACUUGUUUAUCUGGUUGGAUGUUGACAGAGAUUAAAAGAGGAACAGUGCUCAACAGGUGUUAAAAAGGGCAGGCGUUGGUUUUCAAACCAAAGCUGUUGGCGGAUGACACAAUACAACGUCACAGACUCACGUUCUGAGCUCCUCCGUCAAUGCCGUCAGUGUGCUAAAGAAACAAGUUGGGUUGCCACUGAACUGCACUCGCGUGCCAAAGACGACCCAGUCUUCACCCACACCCCCUCCGCCUGCCUGCUGUCGCAUUUACAAUGAUGUAUUUAUUUACUAAAAGUUGAUGUUGUCAAACUAUAAAUUUUUGUUAACUUGUGCUGAUUAGAAUUCAAUUACAGAGCUUUAUUUUACCUGUACAGGCACGAUGAUGCGACGGAGGAUUUUUGUAAACCACUUUGUGCCAAUAUAAAUAAGGGAGCUUUCAAGAUUGCAAACUAUUUCCUCUUGUCUAAAAGAUGUGUUCAAGCUGAGGACUGACUUUUCAUCACCUCCCUUCUCGUUUAAACUGUGCUCCGUUCAUACACUCACAGCUGUAACCCUGGAUUUGUCUAUUGUUGGCCCGCAUGAAGGAUUUGGGUCAAACCUAGUCUGAAAUCAUAUCAAAUGCAAAUUAUAAUUGAAAGAUCCUAGACAGGUCUGGGACAACAUCCAAAAAAGAAAAUAUUUUUAUAUUAUGGCCCAGUGUGUAUGAUAGUUGAAGACCAAAUAUAUUGUAGCCAAAUUCAAUCAGAUUUUGUUAACAGUUGCCAAACCUUUGGCCUAAAAUUCUCUUGAUUUUUAAGUAUGUUGGAGUUAAGUUGUUCAGUCAUAUAAAGGUGUUCUUGAUGAGAUUUUAUCUGUUUGUAAUUGACAACAAGCUAAAGUAGCUCACAUAUAAAUCUACAGUGAAUAGUUUUUACAGUUAAUGGUAGAGUACUUUGCAGGAGUGCAAAAGAAAAACAAAAAUGUCAACACUUUGGCAGUACAUGCAUCACUUUACAGACUGAACCAGCCUCUUUGUUAACUCCAUUUCAGCAUACCAAACUUUAUGGACUUACGUUUGUGACACUGGAUGACAUGGGAAGCAAACAAGAAGUACAAGGAGAACGCCUGUAUGCAUUUUGUAAUUCAUAGUAAUAAAAACCUCAACAAUAGGGCUCUCUGUCAGUUAUAGAUAAGCUUCAUGUCCUGAUGGACAAGGUAAUAACACAUGUUAAUAAAGAUGAGUAUACUGUACGAACACCAUGCAAACAUUUGGAUCAUGGUUUAACAGGAAAAAAAAAACGACAACCUUCAAGCUCAGACAUUUCUGUUGCAUGUUAACAUUUCAAUGAUUCCUCAGAUUGUUUUUAGUUUCUAUCUACGGCCGCUCUGUGUGUUGUGUGUUUGCAGAAUAGAGCUGUGUGCAGCAGAUUUAUUUUUUAUAUGCCUUUAGAUGUUUCCUGAUCUUAUUCCGUGUACAUGUGUUGCCAACCCAGCAGCAGGCAGCUGCCAAAUGGUUUUAUUUAAACAUGUCUCACUGUAGUCCUGCUAAAUAAUACACACUAAUCUUUUUUUUAAGUGCCUGCUUCAUUUCAACCCAACCAAGUCGAGCUGUUUCACGCCCUCUCAGUCUGGUGUAAUUGGUUUGAAUUGUCUCUAUUUAUUAUGUGGAUGACUUGAAAGAAAUAAACACUGAAAAUGUGCUCAGA